AGAGCUCGAAAGACUAUUUUUUCUUCCGAGUUCAAUUCUGGACGUUGGAAUCCACGGUUGAUUUCACGGAAUCAGAAUUUAAUAGAGGGAGGUAAUUAGUUCGGGUUACAGUCACAAUAUGAUGUCAUCUUUUGCUUCUUAAUUCGGACGGACAUAAAAAAAUCAGCAUCCUUUCCAAACGAAACAACUUCCUUACAAUUUAUUUCCAUCAACAAAGUCCAGAAAUCCGUGGAACUGGAUAUCAUUUUUACCUCUGGCUCAGUGCGUUGAAAAUUCGCUAGGUUGUCAAGAGGUUGGUUGAUGGAUCAGUGAGACAAGUUAAUCUGGAAAUAGAUCGGAAGAAAAUCCAGAGUAUCCGACUCUAAUCAAUGGGUUUUGUCCUGCAAAUCUCCGAUUUUAAAAAUUUUGACAUAUUUAGAUUUUCACAAGUUUAAUGGGGGUCAAGUUCACUGGAUUGCUCCUUUUCGGAUCAACCGGGUUUGCUUAAUUUAUAUCCUGAGGAGGUGGAAUAAACUUUUAUUAAGAAAAUGCUGGAAGCUGAGGUGUGUUCUUCUCGGGUUCUGUCACCUUUUCGUGAUGAAAGUGGUGAUGAGGAGCUCUCUGUUCUUCCCCGGCACACCAAAGUCAUUGUUACAGGAAACAACCGAACCAAGUCUGUCUUGGUAGGUCUGCAAGGGGUUGUUAAGAAGGCUGUUGGCCUUGGUGGCUGGCACUGGCUGGUUCUGAAGAAUGGAGUGGAAGUUAAGCUACAAAGGAAUGCUUUAAGUGUUCUAGAACCACCCACAGGCAACGAAGAGGAUGACGAUGACCAUGAUUUAGAUAAUUCUUGCAGUAGCUCAGACAUGGGUGAGAAUGAGAAUUAUUUUUCAGCAAGUAGUAUUCAGUUACACAAAUCAAGCAAGCCAAGAGUGAGGCAUCCAAGGCCCUGGAUAUCUGCCAAAUCAAUUAAUAGAAGCCAUUGUAGGGAAAUACACUCCAAUAUCCACAAACAUCACCUGAGGGUGAACUUGGCAAAGCUAGGAACGAAUUCAUUGUGGAGAUAUUGGAAACGAUUCAAUCUUGCGAGGAACAAUCAUCCAAAUCCUUCAAGGGAGCAACUGGUGGAUGCUGUAAGGCGGCACUUCUCAUCACAGCAAUUGGACGAGAUUGAAGUGAUUGUGGGAUUCAUUCAUGCUGCCAAGAAAUUGAAAGCCAUGGACUCAUAGUAUUUGGUGCACACCGAAUUACUUGUGCCUAUAUGGGUGGCAGGAAGAGAAUUUAUGGGUUAUCACUAUGCUUGUAUAAUACGUAUUAUCAGUCUAACCUUAAGUAUAUUCGAUUCGGCCUUUGUGAGUACUGAUGGGCCAAAUCCGGAUUCUGAUGUUCUAAUAUAUAUUAUCUUUACCUUCCU